GGAACGGAAGACACAACACAGGGCAGAAAGUUUGCGGAAUGUUUGUUAAUACGAUGCGUUAACUCGGACUAAACUUUAUUGUAAUGCAAUGUAACUGGCUGUUAAAAUCGAGGAACGAAAUCACCUUGACCCAAAGAAGCAGAGAACCAGAUAAAUGGGGAAGAUCAAAAAAAAACCUGAUCUGGUUCAUUGCAGCCAAUCCCAAAAUGUACUCAGAAACCUUAUGCUGCGAGAGUUCGGCCUUCGCACAACUCACAAGACAAGUACGCGAGAAUUGGAACCUAACGCAGAAACCAACCUCGUACUUAAGGAUCACAAAGAGCUGAAAUGUGAUGUUCCUGGUGUACCAAGAGCCACAUUUCUAAUGGUCUUUAGUCCUGAUGGCUCCAAAGUUGCAUCUACACAUGGAAAUCACAACGUCUACAUAACAGAUCUAACUUCAGGAAAAAAUAUUCGAACAUUAGCUGGUCACCCUCGUACACCAUGGUGCAUUGCUUUUCAUCCUUCUUCGAACGAGAUUCUAGCGUCUGGCUGUCUGGGUGGUCAAGUCCGUGUCUGGGACCUCAGUGGAGGUAGCGAAGUAUGGAAUGCUGACAGCGAAACUGUUAUCGCGUCACUCGCUUUUCAUCCAUCGGAAAGAUUACUUGUUAUAGCAACUUACAAUGAAGUCCAUUUCUGGGAUUGGAGUCAAUCAGAACCAUUCGCUGUAGCUACAACUAGGAAUUACAAAGAGAAAGUCAGAUACGUCGCGUUUGAUAAUUUGGGAAGAAAAUUGAUAACUGGUAUCGCAAAUGACCCUCAAUUACAGUCACAGUGGGAUCGUUCCCCAGCGGACAAUGUACAGCACUCUAGAUCCAAUCUUCUAAGACCAUCGAGAGAGAGAUCUCAAAAUAUGGAUGGUUCGCCACCCUACCAUUUAUGGAAUCAAGGAGUGUUUUAUGGUGGAAGAUGGAGGGAUAAUAUUGGCGAACGUAAUUCUCGAACUAAUGACUUCAGGAUGCAAUAUCGUAGGAAUGCUGUACCUGAAGAAAAUCCAAAUACAAAUAGAAGUAGCAGUAGCAGCAGCAGCAACAAUAACACCAACACCAACACAGCUACACCAACCAGAAACAGUUAUCGAUACUUUGAUGAGUACGUAAGAAUGCGAAGAGAGCUAGAAGCAGACAGGCAUCGCUUUGGCGAUGAACAAAUUCACAGAUUACGCCUAAAUGAUGAAGAAAGAGAUUUUCGUCUGCGUAGAAAUCUUACAGAUGAAGCAAUUAUUUUACUACGCAGCCAAUACUUUCUUCACACAGUUUGCGAGAGACUGGCCUCUUCACAGCCCAGUAGUCCGCCUAACGACGGCGGUGCUGGUCCCUCACAGCCACGUGGACGUCAAUCACCUCCGCCACAACUAGGAAAUGUCACGAUUGAAGUUCGAAGAAAUAAUUAUCUAAAUUUCGAUUCGGAUUCGAGACGAAAUGCUAUGAACGUUCUAUUGGGGAAUACCGACAGGAAUGCUGAAAGUAAUCAACAAGCUGGUGAAAGAUCAAGCGAAAAUAGCAAUGAUGAGGAGUUGAUGUCUACCUUGGGCCGUGAAAAUACCUACCCAAAUUUAGCAAGUGUAGAACAGCGUCACAACAAUUUAAUUCGUAGAUCCGAAAGUUUGGAUCAACGCAUAGAUAAUCUGUGGGAAGAAAUCAAUGAGAGACUCGAACGUGUGAAUACCCAAGAUACAGAACGACGAAUAAAUUUAUGCUACAAGAAUAUCGUUGAUCAGUAUGAAACUCUUGCCCGAAGGUACCUCGACAUCUCUAGAAAUCCUGACACGAUUGAUCGAGGCACAGAUCCGAUGGACAUGCCAGAAACAUCAAGGGGUCGUUCAUCGGAAGGAAUGCAAGAAUCUGGUAGAAACGAGCCAGCCACAGAAACAUCUAUACGGAGAUUGAGAAAUGAAUUGAAUUAUAGUGCCCAAGCCAACAACAGCAGCUUGGAGAGACUCCAGAGGUACAGACGUCUACUUAUGGAGCGUUCGGAACGAGAAAGAACAGAAGAGAACAGCAUACAACAGUCCCUUCAAAAUUUGAGAGUGGGAUUAAAUGUUACAGCUGAAAAUAAUAACUCCUGUUUAGCGAGGCUUCAGCAGCUGCGUGAAAGACUUCAGGCACAUGCAGCAAAGCUUUUUGCAAAUUCGAAUAAUCGGAAUCCGAUACUUCAGAGGUUGAGGAAUGUUCUAAAUAUUGAAAUUGAAGCUCUUAAUUAUAUGGAGAUCCAAUUUACGAACACCAGUUCCAGGAUUGAACGCCUAAGGGAUGAAUUUCCGAUGUACAGACAACACCAAAGAAAUCGUAAUAUCGUUUCUAAUCCCAAUGAAAUAACUUUGAAUGAGUCAGAAUUAUUUGCUCAUAGGCACAACGCAGGGCCAUACAACAGUGAUUUACUGCCUACUAUCGAAGGUUCGUCGUCAGGAGGCCAACAGGGUAGCGAAAUAUUUUCAUCUGACUUGUUGCCUGAAGCCAGCAGCUAUUCAGCUCCAAGUUCCAUUCCGGUUUCUGAUAUGAGAAGCACUCCGGAAGGAACUCAGGCUGGAGUAGACAAUAAUCCACCUCAUGAAAGCUUGGACAGACAGAAUUUAACUGCAGAAGCGAGUACAGCUCAAGGACCAGUGCGACCCAACAGACGAAGACUGGGUACUGAUGCUACAGGAAAUGAUGGGGAACCACCCCGACUGCGCCGACGUCAUGAAGGACGUUACCUCUGGUAUCCUCAAUACAAUACAAACACGCGUACGUGGAUGGAGAUACAUGGAGAUAGUUCUCAAUCAAGCGAUGAAGCACAUUCAGCGACAAGUUCUCCAGCUGCUUCAAACUUCACUGUUUCAUCUCGAUCUGCUUUCCAACCUAGCAUACCUAGGCUUUUGACUCAAGAUCAGCGCAGCUCAAAUCCAAGUAGUCCAGGUCAGACACACUUGAAUCGAAGCGAACAAGCAGUUGAUACAAAUAGAAAUGAACAAUCAAGUGAUUCAGUUAACGAUUUGAAUGAGUUCAAUGUCAGAAAUAAUAUGAGAAUAAUAAGAAGCACACAGGAGAUUUCACAAGACCUACUCAGAGUAUUAGAUUCUUUCCAAAGAAACUUGAACACUGAUCAGGCAGAGAUCGAAAGAAAUCCACUGGAGGAAAGUUUACCUGACGAUAAUGUGCGUGAACAAUCAGAAAACGGUUAUUGGCUUCUCGAGGAAAAUAGUAACUCUGAUUCAAACCAUGAAGAACCAGCUGAGAACUCAAAUACAAAUACAAAUACAAAUACUAAUUCUAAUGCAAAUGCAAGGCGAUGGACCAGCCGGUGGAUAAAUUUGGAGCGUGUUUCAGAAAACGAUAAUUUGUUAGAUCCCAACAGGCCAUCCACUUCCACAAAUGAACUUCCGUUGAGACCGGGCACAAGGAUGAGGACAUUGAGUGAAAAUUUAGAGCAAAGAAUUAAUGAUUUUCCUUCCUCAGAAGAAAGUGGAACUCGAAGUGUUAGGAAUAGUAGAGACCAACUCUCGCCAGUUUCAAUCAACUCGACCCGCUACGAGCAGCCGCCAUUGUUUCCCUUUCGCAGUUUGCGAGAAAACCUUACAAGAAGAUUAGAAAUGAACCAAAGUGGGGUGGCAGAAGCGAGUCAACAAACAAAUCAAGAUUCCCAAGUGUUGGAGGAACAAGCAAUACACUUACCUAUAGGGGUGCCAGAAUGCACAAUUGAAGUUUCUUCCGCAGACAAUGAUAUUCCGCAAGAAGAUUCAAGGGCAAACAUUGCAAAUCCCACUGAACAAGAGACGGCAGUCUCUAAAUUGCAAAGAAGGCUUGAUUUGGAACGUGCUUUUUAUAACCGGCGCUUGACCUCCAGUGCCAGGAAUUCAACCAAUGCUGAUGACAGGGCUGUAGAUGGUAGUAGAGAAGAAGAGGGCUGGAGAGGCUGGCGAGUUUGUCCUCGCAGACAAAGUCCGGGGCAAACUGAUGUUCUCGGUGUUCGGCAAGGAAUACAAUUGCUAAGCCGGCAUAUAGAUAACAUGCAACGACUGUGCAGAGCAAGACUGGAAAUUGUUCAGCUUCAGCAGGUGCGCAGGAUGUGGGAAGAUCUGCAGCGAAAAAUAUGUUCACUUCACGUUACUGUCAGAGUUGCUAUGCAAAAUAGUGAUGACCAAUCGCAGCCAAGUACCAGUGGAAAUAGAUCAGCUACUCCGUCAACAUCAACACAAAAUCCUGCAGCAUCCACUAGCGACUUGCAGAGUGAAACAGCAAAGAAUUUUAAGAAAGCGAUCCUUGAAAAUUACAAGAGAGAGAAAAGUGAGACUGACAAAGAUACAACAAGUUUAACAGUAGACCAAAGUCAACCAUCAACAUCAAGAGGGGGAUCAAACUUGGCAACAUCUACCAUGAAAGAUGAAAAGUCAGAUGACAGUGAGGCAACGCGAAUUAGCUUGUCUAACUUAUUGCCAAGCGAGUCAGACUUGAGACUUUUGAACCUACAUCCUCAAAGCUUCUCAGAUAUAUUCGGAUAUCUAUAUUCCCAAAACUCUCAGUCCACGAAUGAGUCUUUAAACCUUGACUCACAGUCUUUAAAUGCCAUAAACGCUACCAAUGAUCAUACAUAUUCCAAUUUAGCUACGGAAAGUGGUUCCACUCAGCUUCCCAGCAUCUCAAGCCUUGUUUCCAACAUAGCAAGUAGCUUAAACUUGCCACCAUUUUCAGCCGUCACAUCUUCGUCACACCUACCCAGUGCAUCUAACAUCAUCGAUUCUACUGCCCCUCUACCAAGUAUAUCCAACCUUGUUCAUACUAAUAACAACAUAGCUGUGCCGAGCACUUCAAGCCAAUCUGUAACAUCUAAUCCAGGAACUUCGCCUGAGUUCGCGCCAAGCAGCUCGAAUCCUUCUGGAAGGCAAUUCACUUAUGAAAGAGUUUGGAGAUGUGGUCGAAGAAUGUAUUUGAGAAGGCCAAGGAUAUUAAAUUUGGGACUCCAAGGCAUAAAAAGAAAUGAGUCCAGACCUCAUAUUCCAAAUAGUUUUUCCCGUCGUGAAGAACGUAUCCACCUAAGACGCAUAAGAAGAUGCUUCCGUUCUAUACAUAGAAAUAGAGAACAAACAACAACCGAAUCCUUGCAAGCAAUGAUCGUCAGAUUAGAAUCUCUUGUUCAACAACAGCGUGCUUUAGCCAGAAAUAGUAAUGCUCUCAACCGAGGAUCGGAUAGCGAUAGCCAGCCAGAAACUGUUAGAGAUAACAAUAACGGCAAUCAAGAAAUGGAACAAAUCCGAGAAAUUACUAGACUUCGCGCCAGACAAGUACUUAGUUUGAUGGUUGAAAGUCUUACGCAAUUUUUUGAAGAAAAUCGUUCAUGGAAUGGAUCGCACAGCAAUGUACUUUGCGAGCAAAUCUAUAAAAUGUACGUGCUACUACAUUUGGCAUUAGAGUUAACCGAUCUUCUGUUAGUGCAAUUAGUUUCAACCAGGCGCGAACUUGAGUCAAGUCAGUAUGGCCCAUUUAGCUCUGAUUUGUCAGCUGCGAAUCAAAAUAGAACUACUGGUGAGUCCAGAACAAACAACAGUGCAGACAACAGCCUUCAAACGGAGAAUAAUCAAGAGAGUACUCCUACAGCCAGUACUAGUGGAACCACCACAGAACGGCGUCGAACUUUGAGCUUUCUGCAAAAUUAUACAGAUGAUAUUCUUUCAAGUUACACAAAUCGAAAUUACCAUAAUAUGGCAGAAGGAUUCAAAAGGUUGUUUAAUAUAUCUCUUAGAGAUGCGAUUUCGUCGCGUAGCGAUAACGCAGGGGAAUCCCAAAAUCCAAAUAGUAAUCAAAGCACGUCUACCACCUCGAAUGAUGUGAGCGAGAAUCAAAGCAGCAACUCUAGAAGCCAAGGAAGUAUGAAUAAUAAUAAUAACACAAGUAACAUAUCAGCUGAGAAUGCUUUAUCCGCUGAAGUGCAGAGUAUCGUAGAAAGAAUUCAUAGUGGAACAAUCGAUGACGGUGAUAAUGAUGACCAACAUUUGCACGGAACAGCUCCAGUUCAACCUUCUCAACACAGUAACAACAACAAUUCUAGUACCAAUAAUAUAGAUGAGCAGGAACCAGUGCAAAAUCCAAGAACAAACCCAAAUAUAACAGAUAGGUUGGAGCGGGUUAGAGAUUCUGAGCGAAGCAGUAGAAGACCACUACUGUAUCGUUGUAGUAGGCGUACAAUGAGCCUGCUCAAUCUUGGAAGAUCCCUAAUGUCUCAUCCGAAUAUACGAGGGGCUGCAUCGUCUCCUCGACAAGGACCUACCAGAAAUUCGCCACUUCGCCGGGAGCGUCUUGUAUCCGAACCCAAUGACGCUAAUUUCGGGAAUUCUGUUCACAAUAGAGAUGGAGAAGUCAGCAGACAAGAGUUCAAUGUUCCUGUUGUUCAAGUGAACAACGUUCCAAUCAGCGAUUUUUCCGUAGCGCAUUACAGUCGUUCUAUGAGACAAAACACACCACCUACUCCUCCGCACACUCCUCCACCGUAUUUAAUAAAUAGCUACUUGAAUAGCAGGGAAAGAGGAAGUACCAGCCAUCCGAACGACUUCAACGAUCAACCAGGUCCUAGCUCAUCCCAACCAGGAAACAGUAGGAAUCAGUUUCGACGGUGGUUCAUAGCACAAGCGACUUGGAGAGGAUCUCGUUUCUUGCAUCCCCGAGUGCCAUAUGGUUAUCAAUCUAGGGGAGGGGGAGGAGGAGGAGGAGCAGGAGGAGGCGGAGGCGGAGGAGGAAGAGGUGGCGGGGGAGGUGGAAGUACCGGAGGUGGAAUUGGUGGUGGAGGAGGAGCUCCAGGACCAGGAAGACCUGGGGGACCAAGAGGACCUGGGAGAGCAAGUGGUGUAGGUGCUGACAGUGGAGGAGCAGGAGGUGGACGAGGUGGUGCCGCAGGUGGAAGUGGAGGACAUGGGGGGACUGGACCAGACCCAGUGAACGACGAUAGCGAUGAUUUAGAUUUAAGGGAUCAUGUACCAGUCAGCCCGUUUAUGGCAACAUUCAAUGGCUUAGAAGUACAGAGCCACCGAGUACAGGCUUGGGAUUUUUCUGAUGGUGAUAUUCCUGAUAUUACAGAUCCUGACAAAAAUGUAGUCGUUAAAGAAUGUAAGAUUCAUAAUGAUGCUAGCGUCGAUAUAUCUUCUGAUGGAAAAUUACUUGCCACUCUGCUGCCAUCAGAUCGUCUCAGUGUGACAACAAUGCUAGGCGUGUAUAGUCUUCAAUGGGAAACUUUAGGGGAGAGAAUUUAUACAACGAAAAUUGAGCAAACGGCCGUAUCUGUCUCAAUUUCACCAACUGGACAGCACUUGCUCGUAGGUUUAGCAUCUCGCCGUAUUUUAGCACCUGCUCGUCCUCUACCAAUGGCUCUAAUAUUCAAGCUAGUCGAUAAAGAACCGGACAAUGACUCGAAAGAUUCGUCCGGAAAUUCGGAGAGGGGAUACUAUGCCAAUCAUUACAUACCAAUUGAUGCUUACCGACGGCCAGGUGGAAUGAUAGACAGUAUAAACAACUAUUUGAGUAUCUUGAGACAGAACAACUCUGAUGAUGUUGUGCAAAAUGAUCCAGUUUGGAGAGAAGAACGCCUUAGAGCCGAUCCUGAUAUUAAAGAUAAUAGAAAAAGUAUGGUGCUCCUAAGAGAGCUGACGCGUAGCAACAGAGAAACAACAGGCUAUAUGAGCUUGAAUUGUAUAAGGUGGGCACCAGAACCUGGACAAGGAAUGGUCUAUGCUACUAAUACUGGACAGCUAAAUAUUUUACAUUGAUCGUCAUCGAAAUUAAUGAGUUUUAGGAUAAGCCAAAAAAUCUGAUGAUAGUUAUCAAAGUAAUCAAGUUUUGAACAAUCAAUCGAAAAUGAAAUAUAUACCUAAAUAUAUAUAUAUAUAUACAUAUAGUAUACAAACAAAAAGUAAUUUCAUUAUCUGCAUAAUUGUUCAGUAACUAUUUCUCUGCUCUGUAGGAUUUUAAGGCUUGAGACUUGUCAAUAAGUUUGAAAUUUUCAUAUUUUUAUUACAAUCAAUUGAUUAAUAAAUUCAGCCCUAAGUCAUCAUGGCAUCGCAAUGCAAUCCUAGAUUCUGCACGAUUCGAACAUGGAGGGCUGUGCCUUAGGUUUCACUCGCUAAAAAUAUUGUUUAUAUGCUCCGAUAAGCAAUUGUAAAAAAACAUAUGUUAGUCUAAUACGCGUUUAUUUAAUAUAUAUACAUAUACACACACAUAUAUGUAUGUAUAUAUAUAUACAUAUAUAUGUAUAUAUGUGUAUAUAUGGUAUAUAUUGGAUAUGUGCAUAGUUUGUAAGAUUUCCUAAUUGUAUUAUUUAAAAAAAAGCAACUAAACAAAACGUAAACCAAUUAUCACCAUAUUUUUAAUACCAGGCUGAAUUAUUUUUAUUAUGAUCUGAGUAUUAUAUUUUAGUCUCUUGAACGUUUUGAAAGUAAAACAAACAAACAGCUAAUACUUACUUAAUACAAUUAUACAUACGUACAUACAUAAAUACAUACAAACAAAUGUGAUAGAACCAAAAUGAUGGAACGUUUGUGCAAGGUCACUGCACUUGUUUUUUUUUUUUUUUUUUUGUGAUUUUAAAAUUAAAUUGUUUCAAUGACGAUCACGAUCACGAUAAUAACGAUCUCGCGCGAUAUAAAGGAAGUUAAGUUAGAACGUGCCAUUCAUUGACUUUUUUUCGUUUUUGUGCUUCUCAUACCAAAUAAAAAUCUCUGAUUAAGACUUCGUGUUAAUUGCAAAUUAAAAUAUGCACUGAAUUACUGUUAAGUUGAUAUCGAUGUUGACUUACUUA